AUGUCCGAGCACUUUCCGCGGUUGAUCCCUGUAUCUUUCGGUGUUAAGCGCGGAAAUCAAGGGUUGGGGAAGUGCGACUGGAGACAUGAGGUCCGCAUAGGGGCUACGGUGGAGUAUGUAUACACCUGUCACCCAUGCGAUUUGGUAGGCCCUGGUGGGGCCCUCUACCCACACAAGCUUCGUCCAAGGUUAACAAACGCGGUAAUAAAGGAGCAACAAGGCAAGGAAGAAGGGGAUCGAGCUGGGGACAACAAUGAAGUGAUCUUCUGCGAAGCGAGAACAACGUUGGUGGUCGUCACCUGCCACUUGGCCUUUUAG